GAGGGUUCCUGAGACAACUUAGUCUGAGAGGAUGUCUCGUCGUUGGAGACUCCUCUUUGAAGACCUUUGCACAGAACUGCAGGAACAUUGAGCACUUAAAUCUAAAUGGGUGCACAAAAAUUACUGACAGUGUGUCUGCUGUUUUGCAGCACGUGUUACAGUCUUAGCAGAUUCUGUUCCAAGCUGAAACAUCUGGAUCUGACAUCUUGUGUAGCCAUCACAAACAGCUCUUUGAAAGGUUUAAGUGAGGGUUGCAGAAAUCUGGAACAUUUGAAUCUUUCCUGGUGUGAUCAGAUUACGAAGGAUGGUAUUGAAGCACUGGUGAAAGGGUGUAGUGGACUAAAAGCUCUAUUUCUUAGAGGUUGCACACAGUUAGAAGAUGAAGCACUGAAACACAUUCAAAAUCACUGCCAUGAACUUGUAAUCCUGAAUUUGCAAUCUUGCACACAAAUUUCAGAUGAAGGCAUUGUGAAAAUCUGCAGAGGCUGCCACCGACUGCAGUCACUGUGUGUUUCUGGUUGCAGCAACCUGACAGAUGCUUCGCUCACAGCGCUUGGCCUAAACUGCCCGAGGCUGAAGAUUUUGGAAGCUGCGAGGUGUUCACAUCUCACCGAUGCUGGUUUCACCCUUUUAGCCCGGAAUUGCCAUGAGCUGGAAAAGAUGGACUUGGAAGAAUGUGUUCUGAUAACUGACAGCACAUUGAUACAGCUCUCUAUUCACUGUCCUAAGCUGCAAGCACUGAGCUUGUCUCACUGUGAACUGAUCACCGACGAUGGGAUUCUCCACCUGAGCAACAGCACGUGUGGCCACGAGCGGCUGCAGGUGCUCGAGCUCGAUAACUGUCUCCUCAUCACGGACGUGACGCUGGAGCACCUGGAGAACUGCCACAACCUGGAGCGCAUCGAGCUGUACGACUGCCAGCAAGUCACGCGAGCCGGGAUCAAGCGAAUCCGGGCUCAUCUACCUCAUGUGAAAGUUCAUGCUUACUUUGCUCCCGUGACUCCCCCUCCUUCGGUGGGCGGCGGGGGACAGCGCCUCUGCAGAUGCUGCAUCAUUCUUUGACAGUAAGUGCAUCCCAGAGAAAAUCCGAGCUCCUUUUUGUUGGAGACAAGAACUGGACGGACGGCGGUUGGGAGGAGUGAGAUUCCCGACAGUCCUAACGGUGACGUUUGGUCAUCCGGUUUUGUGACAAGAAAGCGUUUUUCCAGGUAAAAGUCUUACCAUAAUAUGCAGAUGUGGAUUACGUAAGUUGGUGAUAUUGGUUUGUGUGGAUGCCUCCCUCCUCGCGUUGGCACGAGAACUGACGCACGCGGGCGGCCGCGCUGAGCCCGGCGCUGGCGGCGGCUCUAGGCGCAGCCCCAGAGCCCGGAGCUCCCCCGGCUCCCGCSGCAAGGACCUGCUGUUCUGGAAGGACAAGCCAGCUUUAGAUGUUGACCAAAAACGCGAGGCAAUCACGAGCUCUCAUAGCCAACAGCUCCGCCGUGGUCCAGCUUCCUGCUCAAUUACGUAACGGGCCACAAGAGGCCACGUCAGAAGGUCAACGGGUACCUCAAGGCCACCCCAUAAAUAGGAACACCUGCUCCAGGGUUCUGCAGUCCGCUCCCCUGCRGGGAUGUUCCCCCUAGAGCUGCCCGGCUACCCGAGCUCGAGUGCCCCACAGCGCCCCAUGCCCCACAGCACCCCCAGCCACCGCUGUGGGGGAGGCUGUCGGAAAGGGGCAAGGGCCACCGGCCUCGGCGCUUUCCUGCAGCCCCUGUGCUCCAGCAGGGAAUUCAAUCCCGGCUGCCUGGUAGGCACCGUAGCCAGCAUGGGGUCCAACAAACCUACAGGCAGGAGUAGAACCAAACCAACCCUGAUCUAAAAAYGUGGGGGGAAAAAUAAAAGCCCGACUCUUCACAUUGGGGUUAUUUAAGAAGCUGCCAACUUCUUUCUGAUCAUAAAUACCCAAGUAUUGACUCAUAAGGCCACGCUUUCAUCCUUAGUUUUUCAGUGCUAGAGGGUUAGAGAAACUUUUCUGUAUUAAGCCACCUACUUAUCUAAGCUGAACUACUCAGCAGUUCAGGAAGCUUUGUGUGUGAGCCUGACUGUGCGUUUGUGUGUGCGUGUGCUAAAGGGGUUCAGGCCUGUGUCUUUAGUCAAACCUAACAGAACCCGGCUUUAUGGCGAAGCAGCCGGCGGAACGACUGGGUAACAGCCAAGCUUCCCCCSCCUCGAACCUGCCGGUACAGAGCGAGCGGGAGCAGGAGGAGAGGGCUGCGCGGCAGGGCACAGGCGGUAACGCACGGGCCCCGGCGUGCUUCCCGCCUGCAGCACAGCCCCGCGGGGCUUGUCUGCCCCCCAGCCACGGCGGCUGCUGGCUGCCAUCGGCCUCAGACCCUUGGCACGGAGCCGCUGCUCCAAGGGAGCGUGAGGCAGGUUUUCCUCUCGGCCGUGCCAGGAGAGGCCCUGGCGCCAGCACCCCAACAGCUCCUGCCUUGGGGGGCUCAUUUUUUUCUAAGGACAUAACGAACCUUGUAAGUUUAUGGCAUUAGACAUGUACAAAAACAAAUGGAACCUACUCUGAUAUAGGACACUUAAAUAAACARUCAGCUGC